CUCACUCGAAACGCCUGCAAUGGAAGACACCGACGCCCUUGGAGAGCGUUUUUCUCGAAUGGGAAUCGCUGCAGUAAGGAGGAUGUUUGAUUUCUUGUUUCGAUCCGCUUACAUCGGUGACCUUGCUCCGUUCAAUAAUAUGGUGAGCAAGAUGGAUAGGGAAGAUUACAUCCCAAGAUCUCUAGGGGCAAGGAAUGCGGAUGGUAAGGGCUUUUUACAUUUGGCGGCUGCUGGAGGAAGAAAAAGGGUGUGUAAGUAUUGUUGGAGGUGGGAAAUGUCGACGUCAAUAUGAAGGAUUGGAUAGCUGGUGAGACUUCUCUGCAUCAUGCAAUUUCUAAGGGGCGUUUUGCUACUGUUGUUUUUCUUCUCGAGAAUGGAGCCCAUCCCAAUGCUAGGACUCAGAGGAGGCGGACUUCCUUGGACUACACUUUAAAAUUAGGAGAUCUUUUUUUAGUUAAUAAAUAUAAAAAAUAAUA